CUCAGGCUGACACAGAGAGACUCAAGCCUCACUGAUCCUCGACCGAUAGACCAUCACAGGGGCCUGAACGAAGCCCGCUUCGGCUCACCUGGCUCUGAGCUCGUGCAGCAUGACUGCGCUUGCAUUCCCGAUAGCUAUCAUCUGUCUUGCCAGCUUUCAGUACGGCUACCACAUCUCAGCUCUCAAUUCGAUACACGGCGCAUUGACAUGUCUGGACCGAUCGGGACCUGUAGACUCGGCCGUCGACUGGCUACCUACCUGCAUCCCCAUGACCAAUGUCGAAUUUGGCAUCAUCACAUCUGCCUAUACGCUCGGUGGGCUCAUAGGCAGCCUGUUAGCUGGCAAGCUCGCUAACUCGCAUGGCCGAAAAAGGUCCACUGUCUAUGCGGCCCUCUUCGUCAUCGUUGGCAGCUUGCCUAUGACGCUGCCAAUCUCUGUCUGGAUGAUCGCUUUCGGGCGCGUACUCGUUGGCGUUGGCUGCGGCAUGUCGACCGUACUUGUGCCGAUGUACCUCUCAGAGAUUGCGCCGUCCAAGAUGAAAGGCAAGAUCGGCAUCAUGACGCAGCUGUCUAUAGUCCUCGGCAUCUUUGCAGCUCAGGCCCUAUCCUUGCCUUUCGUCGGACCUGGCCAAUGGCGCUACAUACCCUUUAUCAGUGGGAUCAUUGCUCUCAUUCAGAUACUCUUGAUGGCAUCAGUCGCGGAAUCACCCAAGUGGCAAGCGCAACAGGACGAGCUGGCUCGCAAGACUUCCUCUACCCUCAUAGGGCCCCAAGCGAGCGAUCCUCUCUUGGGCGAGCAAGACGCACUCGAAGGCGCCAAGCCGGAUCGAUACGUUCCUUUGAGCGUCCCGGAGCUGCUUAAGAGCGGCGAGCCUGCCGUCAGAAACGGCAAGUGGUUCGUAGCAUUUAUCUCUGCAGGCCAGCAGGUUUCUGGCGUCAAUGCCGUGCUCUACUAUUCGACUUCGAUUCUCAUGACGGUCAUGCCUACAAAUGCCAAGUACAUCGCCUUGCUCGUCACAGCGGUCAACGUUCUGAUGACAUUCCCGUCGAUUGUUCUCAUCGACAACAUGGGUCGUAAGCCGCUCUUCUUGCUAUCCUCGAUCGGCAUGUGCAUUUCCUCGCUCGUGCUGGCCAUGGCAAUCAAUCACAGUCUCAGUGCGUUCGCCAGCAUCUUCAUCAUCACUUUUGUGUCCAGCUUCGCUAUCGGUCUGGGUCCUUUGCUGUUCAUUCUCGUUGGCGAGGUCGUGCCGGAGCACGCAUCUGCUGCCGCAACCAGUUUCGGACUCGCUGUCAACUGGACAUCAAACGCGCUGAUUGGCCUCACUUUCCUGCCCCUUCGCGACGCAUUGUCUGGUUCAGCGGGCGGUGGGCCAGGUACGGGCAACGGCCAGGGCAACGUCUUCUUCAUAUUCACCGGCACGAUGCUCAUCCUCACCCUCGGCGUUGCGCGGUGGUAUCACCCGGAUAGCACAGAAAUCUAGAUUCAUAAUCUGGCAUCGCAGUGGCGAGCCAUGCCGCAUCAGCGCUGCAGCGGUCUAGCACCGCCGAUGCACCGUCCUCGUACAAAGACGGAACCGAUGUUGCGAUCAUCACCACAGAAGAGGAACUUUUCGAAAAGCGUCUCGAUGGACUCGUCCGGUUCUACGAAGAUGGCAGGAUUCAGACCCUCGGGAUAAGGCGAAGGGGU